AUUCAUACUAUCGACUGUCGUUGGCCAACUGCAAUUUUUUUUCUCUUGGAUUUUUACAAAAUGGCCUCGUCACUAGACGCUUUUGAUCUAAUUGAACGAUUGGAAAACGUCGAUUUUUUAUCAAAAAACUUAACAAGUCGUAAACAUAAAGUUGAUUUGAGUAUAACGAGACAAUUAACAAGAUUGAAUACCUUCUUAAAAGAUGUCGUCAAAUUUGAGGAUAAACACCUAUCUUUACCGACUGUCAAAUUGAAUAAGAUGUCCAAGCUGGAUGAUUCUCCAAUGGAACUUUGUCAGAAUAUGGUUCUUCCUCCUAUUUCGGCUAAAGUUUCUUCUAAUUCUCAAAAUACUGCCUGGCCAAAACCCAUAACAUUUAAUCAAGCGGUUGAUCUACGAAAAGUUCUUCUUGGAACUCCAUUACCAAUUAGUAAAGAAUGGAAAAAUACAGGUUUUGUUUUCUACGACGAAUCGGCACCAACGCCUUGGGGCUUACAAACAUCUCUGUGUGGUGCAAGAGGUGUAGUUAUGUGCGUGCAGAGUUGGAUUAUCAAAAACAUGUUUUUUAAAAACAAGGAUUUAGUAUCGGCUGCAAUGGACGGUAAAAUUGUUAGUCUUGCCGAUCAUGCGCGAAGACUAAAUCGAACAAAAAUCCUUAUGGAGUGCCUAAGUGAAAUGAUAUGGAGGGCGGGAGAUAAAAGAAGCUGUAAAAUAUGCAUAACCGGAACAAAGGUUCAUGUCAGAAAUACUACUUAUAGGGGAGAUGGUAUAACGGAAAAAAUUGAUAUUUAUAAAUUUGAUUCAUACCCUGAACUUUUAAAGUUCAUGAGUAAUAACUCCCGAGAGUGGAGAGGAUCCGGAGGAGUUUUACUUUUUGUAUAUUCAAUUAUAAUGACGAGAGGUACAAAGAAUAUACUGAAAGAUGCCGGUACACCGGAAGACGGAAAAUGGGUACAAUUGUUAACAGACUGGGAAGAAGUAACUUGUGCCUUGAUAAAUUUACUGCUCACCGGCAAAGCUGCUUUAUAUAUGCAUAAUGGCCUUAAAUUCUACGAUAACUCUGGAAAGACAUUAGAUUGUCCGCAACAAGGAAUAGAUGAGAGAAGUGAUAUUGGAGUUUUAGCAUAUAAUGAUGAACGGAGAAUUGAAAUAGGUUCUAUGCUGAAGACACCAAAGUAUCCAAUUUGGAUUGCAUCUGCCAAUAGACAAAUCGGGGUUCUUUUCAGUUUGAAACCGGAAUUAAUGAAUCAUUGGAGAGCGGAGCAUUUCUUCGAUCUACACCACUAUACAGGUUUACUGGAGAGGUCUAAAAAUUAUUCAAAGCUUCUCGUCGAUACCAGAUUAGAUAGAUACGAUAAAACGAGACAAGAUAGACAUGACAGAAGAAGAAGAGUACCAGCAAUAGAAGAAUGCAUCCUAACAAAAUGGGCUAAUGCCGUUAUCGAAACAAAAUGAACGUUCUACUCUCUAAAAUGGACUUCUCAACUGUUGAAUUAAGUUGAAAUUUCUAAACUGUAUGUGAUAUAUUUACCAAAACUGUCAUGCUUUAAUUUUAAUUAUCUAAUUAUAUAAAAAACAUUUCUUUAUUUCCCUAUUCAAUGCUGAAAGAUAUAAAAAUAUUGUAUUAUUAUUUCUACUUUACUUAAGACUAUCAAUGACAACAAGAUGACGAAAUGUAUUUUUUUUGUAAUCAGUGAAUCCUUUCUCUAGUAUUUAUAGCUUAAAAAAUUCUAACAUAAAAUAUAUAUUAUGAAUGAAUGAGGUAGAUGGCGCUUCAGUAGUCUUUUACUUUUAUAUUAUUUAGCUGUGAGGGUUAUAUCUAAGAACGAAGUCCUUAUUAUAUACACAUAACGUAUCAAAUGAUUAGACUUUGCACCCUUAUGAGAUUUGCUUACAGGUUUUUUUUUUCUUGUUGAUGAAAAUGGC